GAGCUCCAUGACAUCACUUCCUGUUGUAACGUUGGGCAUGGAGGCUGAUCAUAGAACUACUGAUAAACCACAGCUGAACACUGAAACUACAACAACCACGACUCUUCCCACUACGACUACCACCACAGCCACCACAACCACCACAACCACUACCACCACCACCCCUCCUACUGUUCCUACCACUACUGCCGCUGCUCCUCUUCCUACUACUACCCCCACCACAACAGCUACAACUACUACCCCCACCACCACAGCUACAACUACUACCACCACUGAGCCGUCCACCACGAGGACGACUCCGGCAGCGACUCUGGUCAUCGUCCCCAAAGGCGCCCUCCAGUCCGACCACGCCCUCCAGAACUCGAGCGUGGGCCGGGGGAAAGCGGUAGCGGCUCAGGGGGCGGUGAAGAACGGCAUGGUGGCGUUCAUGGUGCUGGGGCUGGCCGUGCUAACCCUGGCUCUGGCCGUCGGCGGACGUAAAGCGAUGGAGUCCUUCGACAGACGGCAUUACACAAGACUGGAACUCAAUGACCUGCACUAUGAGGUGUGAGGGGGGAGAAAAACUCUUCACGGGUCUUUGAUUUUCAAGACGGGAGCUCAGAAGGACAAUUGGCAAGACUAAAUGAGCUCGUUUAAGAUUGUUCACCUGGUAACAUGUUAAUUUCUACACAGCACAAAGUUACACAAUAGUGGAAUGUCUGCUUCACUUAGCUAAAGAGGCGUUAAACCGUGAUCACAGGGAAGACUGGAUUCUGGUUGAUCAGACGGUGUGCAUUAUUUUCACAUAACCACACAGCUCUGACAAAGUGUUUUCAGUUCAUUUACAUUUAAAUAAUUACGUUUAUUGCCCCAAUAUAUGAGUAAACAAGCCUUUGAUCUUUGGCAAUGGCCGUGGUAAAAGAGGGACAAUGCGCUAAGACACGUGCGGUUAUUAAAAAUAAUGCACUGUGUGAAGACAAACCCUUCUCUAGCCUCUGGCAUUAUUUUUUAAUAGGAGUGGGUGAUAUGCAUACAAUAAUCCUCCAUCACAAAAAAAAUCACUCUCCUUUCUGAGCUAAAAUAAACCAUUUAAAAACCAGUUCGAUUUUCUGAAAAAGAUACACUUUGACUGCUGGAAACCGGUCUGUUUUCUCGGCUCAUAAAAAAAGCUGUUGUUUGUGAGAUUUAUUAUUUUUCAUGGACAGCGACGAUAUGUAGUUUUGUUUCAGGAUUUCUAUAACGUACAUUUAAGGCGAGACACUACAGGCGAAAACGUCGUUUCUUUCACACACCGUUCAAUUUUGAGAUUUUGGCCUGCUUUGCUUCUAUGACGCGUCUCGUUUCAGACUGGCGGAAAGAAAAACGUCCGAAAUUCACAUUUAGGCGUUUACUUUACUGCACUGUGUCUCUCUGCGUCUGUAGAUUGCGAUUACGAUACAUCUUUAAAGUUCCGUUUUCUCCAAAUGAGUUUUUUUUUUUUCCUCACACGCUGAGUCAGGAAUCUCCACCUCAGUAGCACGUUCAUCGACCAAACUUUCCAGUUUUAUUCCUGUCCAUGUUCCGAGGGUUUUCACCGAGGGGUUUGCUCAUUUAACGUUCACAGCCUGAAUUAUGUAACGUUUUACUCCUAAAUCAAGAUUCUUUUUUUUCAUGGCUGUUGACAGUAUUUUCUGAUUUAUGGAGUGAUAAAAAGAAAAAUCUCUGUGAAAACCUUUGGCUCUAAUAUGUCAACAGAAUGAGACAAGAAUUUUGAACCCGGCUUUAUCCAGUGUUCAGAUUUCCUUUCUGGAAAUGUAUGCAAAUGAGUGCAUAUCUAAUUAGACAGUGCCUCAUUUGCAUAUGUAAACAUACAAUUUUAGAAGAUUUGUAAAACGAGUUAAAUUUUUUUUUUUUUUUUAAUGACCUAGUUGACCUGUGGUGUCGCGCCUCAAAAGCACCAGACAAGAACGUCUGUUUUCAGCCACUCCAGCGAAUUAAUCACCUGACGUCAAAUU